UGGUGGAAAAUGUAUUGUAAAAAAAAUUCAAAUGAAUCUAAAAAAAUUCAAAUGAAUCUAAACAAAUGCGACCACAUGUAAACAAUACGGAAACAGAGCUGCUGUGUUAUAGUUUCCUUUCCUGUUGUUUAGCUGUGUUGCUGAGUACUUAACGUGUUAUAAAAUACACGAUGUCUUGCAGUUUUUAAUUAAACUAACCAUUCGGCGUGCAAUGGAUUCUUCGGACGAAGAUGUUCCUGAUUUAGUACCAGCUGUCUUCGAUCCGGUACCUGUAACUAUUAUUACAGGUUACUUAGGUGCUGGAAAAACAACUUUACUCAAUUACGUCUUAACGGAGCAGCAUGAUAAAAGGAUAGCGGUUAUCUUAAACGAAUUUGGUGAAGGGAGUGCCGUGGAGAAGAGCGUUGCGGUGGGACAGGACGGCGAACUGUACGAGGAGUGGCUGGAGCUGAGGAACGGCUGCCUCUGCUGCUCCGUCAAGGACAAUGGCGUGAAGGCGAUCGAGAACCUGAUGAAGAAGCGGGGCAAGUUUGACUACAUUCUGCUGGAAACCACCGGUCUGGCCGACCCAGGACCUAUUGCAUCUAUAUUUUGGCUAGACAAGGAAUUGGGUAGUGACAUAUUCCUGGAUGGUAUAGUUACAGUCAUGGAUAGUAAGCAUGCACUUGAGCAGCUGCAGGGCACAGACAGGACCCAGACAGCCGCCGAUGGCGGCGACACAGCCCCGCUGAACGAAGCCGUCAGGCAGGUCGCGCUGGCGGACCUCGUCGUGGUGAACAAGGUGGACCUGGCGACCCCGGCCGAGCUGGCGCAGCUGGAGGAGCACGUGCGGAAUAUCAAUAGUUCCGCCGAAAUCUUGAGAACCACGCGCUGCAGGAUCGACCUGGACCGAGUGCUUGACCUGAAGGCUUACAGCUCGCCAGUCAGGUUGAAGCAGUUGGACGUAGAAGCACACAGAGAUCGCCCUCAUCUUGACAAGAGUGUGAGCGCCGUGACCUUCGACCUGCCGGACGAGCUGCCGCGCGCCGCCUUGGACUCGUUCCUGCAGCGCCUGCUGUGGGAGCCGGACCACUCCCGGCGGCGAGUCCUGAGGCUCAAGCGUUCCGGUGCUUGGUGCUCCGGACUGCCGUCACUCCAUGUCUGCGACGCCUACACCUCGCCAUGCUUCGUUCGCGUUCCGAGAGCUCGGACCAACAGAGACGACACUCGACAAGUCUCAUAGCUCCAAUCAUGACUUCAGGGGUCCUCCUCAACUGCUCAUGAUUUCAUUUAAAUUCAAGCAAUUAACUGGAAUUAAGUAUUAUCUUUGAAAGAUUUGUGCAAUGGGAGUGCAUGACUUGAUGUGACACUAUUAUGUUUGUUUCAUCAUUUUGUUUUGCUGUGUUUUUGUCUCGUUUCAACUGUUGUGCUGAAUUUUUUGGGUUCAAUAUUUUUGUCCUGUCAUCAUUUGUAGGGUUUUUUCAUUCUGUUAGUCCAUUUUUCUUUGUUUUUGACCAUAUUCCUGUUUUGGAAUAUUAUGUGAUGUAUAUAUACUGUUGACAACAGCAAUUUUUUUGCUUAAUUUGUUUUGUUUUUUUGGUCUUUUGUGUUUUUUGUAGUUUUCUUCUACAGACAUACAUGUGCUUAGCAAUGGCGUAUGUCCAAAAGCUCACAUCAAGUCAUGAAAUGAAGUCUUUUAAUGCUUUAGUAAAUAUGUGAACAUAAUAGUGAUUAUAAAAUAUUUUGAAUUAAAAUACUGAUGAUUUUUA